UUGAAAGGGCACAAAUUAAGGUCUAGUGCGUGUUGGUACGAAUCUGUGGAAUAGUAGGCCGACUUUUCUUGAAUCAUGGACGCUGAAGAUGUACUGAAGCUGAUAAAAUUCACCUCAACGGUAGCCACGGGUGUUAUAGCUGGCGGUGCAAUCUACAUCAACCUUGCAGAGCAUCCUGCAAGAAUGCAACUUGAUGAUGUUCAAUCGCUUCAUCGCCAAUGGCGAGAGAGCUUCGAUCGAGCGAAGUACUUGAUGGCCGGGACAUCGCUGCUGCCGAUUGCUGGAGGAAUAGCAGCAUUUGCUAUCGAUCAGAGCAAAGGGAAACCUUGGCUGAUUACUGCCGGGCUGAUGGCAUUCAAUAUGCCGUACACAGCUCUCGCCAUGAAGUCGCGCGUCAUAGAUCCCAUUUAUGAUUAUGAAGUUGCUGCAAAGAUGGAUCCCGGAAAAGUGAGAGACACUGUGGAUAAAUGGAACACUUUUCACAAAGUCCGCACCAUAAUAGAUGUGUCUACACUGGCCUGGUGUGUGUACAAUCUUGUUUACAACUGAGUGGCGGCCAUGUUUAAAACUGAGUUGAAUGGAUUUUAAAAUCAGGGACAUUUUGUCGAAUGGCGAUAACCCUUAAAUUACGGUGUAUUGGGAGAGAAUUUUCUUUCAUAUUCGUUUGGGAUAUAUCUUUUCAAAGCGUUUGUCUGAUUUAUAUUGAAAAAUAGAAGUGUUCCAAGACGAGUGGGGUCGCUAAUGCGUGGAGUGUUGUAAACCUGUACGUUAAUUUGUGCAAUACGGUACAGUGCAGAUAAUGGAUCACAAUAAAAGACGUCAAAUGAGAUACAAUUGAGUUUUCAUCUAUAUUUUUAAGUCAAGCAACAAUUUAUACUUUCUCGUGCCUCU